AUGGAACUGAGAAACCAAACAACCAUUUUAGAAUUUCAUCUCCUUGGAUUGACAAGUGAUCCUGAGCUAGAAAUGCUUAUUUAUGGUAUAUUUCUGUCCAUAUAUCUUAUAACAAUUCUGGGAAACAUAAUUAUCUUUCUGGCAAUUUGCUCAGAUUCUCACCUCCACACUCCCAUGUAUUUCUUUUUAUCCAUUUUGUCUAUUAAUGACAUGUGUUUAAGCACAAGCACUAUUCCCAAAAUGUUGGUGAACAUUCAAGCACAGAAUAACACUAUCAAUUAUAUACAAUGCAUCUCUCAACUCUGCUUUGUCUCAAUUUUUAGUGGUAUGGAAAAUUUUCUCCUUGCAGUAAUGGCCUAUGACCGUUACGUGGCCAUUUGUAAACCCCUGAGGUAUACAAUCACCAUGAACCCUUGCUGUUGUGUCCUCCUUGUUCUGCUCUGUCUUUUAUUUAGCAUUAUGGAUGCACUACUCCACAGUCUGAUGGUUCUGCAACUGUCAUUCUGCACAAACCUGGAAAUCCAAAACUUCUUCUGUGAACUUACUCAGGUUCUAAAACUUGCCUGUUCUGAUGCCUUUCUUAAUAACUUGCUUAUAUUGGUUGCUGUAUUCGUAUUUGCAGGUGGUGCGUUCUGUGGAGUCAUCUUUUCAUAUAUUUACAUUAUUUUGUCAGUCUUGAGAAUGACAUCCCAAACAGGAAAGAAAAAAGCCUUUUCCACCUGCACAUCUCAUGUAUCUGUUGUAUUCUUGUUCUAUGGGACAGGUUUUGGUGUGUAUUUCAGCUCCUCAGUAACUGAGUUUACGAGAUAUUCAGCAGUGGCAUCUGUGAUGUACACUGUAGUCCCUCAGAUGCUAAACCCCUUUAUCUAUAGUCUAAGGAAUAGAGACAUGAGAAAAUCAUUUGGGAAAUUCAUCGGUUGGAUAUCUUAG